AUGACAUCAAGGAAGGAAGGACCGGGACCAGCUACCUCCUCGCAUACCUACCCAGCAUUGUCCGUGCGUGCCAAGUGCAUCGUCUCCCUCUCUUUCACUCUCGCGCAUGCAAGCGCUUAUCUACCCGAGAACGACUCCUACCGGAGGAGGAGGAGCCGGAGUUACAGAGAGAUCGGCGCCGGCACUGCGACGCCGACGAUGACAGCGACGGCAGUGGCGGCAUUCCCGCCGCACGCCUCCAUCUGCUCCCUCAUCUCCUUCCUCAGCCACCACCUCGCCGCGCUCCUCGCCGACCCGGCCGAGCUCCUCGCCACGCGGCGCCGGUGCGUCGCGCUGCUCGCCGGGCCUUCCCACCGCCCUGCCUCGUCGGCCGACGGCGACGGUGACGACGACGACGACGUCCUCGCCGCGCUCCAGGGCGCCAUCGACUCGCUCCCGUCUGCCGCCGCCGCGGACGCGCCCGGAGACGCGGGGCUCCUCCAUGACGUCGAGGCGGCUCUGCAGGCGCCCGCGCUGCUGCCGGAGGACGGGCGGACGGCGGGGCGGGACAACCGGGUCGUCGCCGCGUGCGCCUACUUCUACCUGGCCCUGGUCCGGGCGGCGCAGGGGGACGCGUGGCAGAUGGCCGCGCACUUCCUGCAGGCCGUGCUCGUCUCCCCCGCCGCGCUGGCCGGCGGCGGGCUCGCGCCCCGCGCGCUCUGGGACGGGCUGUUCGACGAGGCCGUCCUGGCGCGCGCCGGCGGCGCCGGCGCCAGCGAGGAGGACGCGGCGCGCCGGGCCGCCAGGCGGUACAAGGACUGGCUGAUGUACUACAGGGUCGUGGCCGCCGCGCCCGACGGCGGCGCCUCGGCGGACGGUGGCGGGUGCUUUCAGCUGGGGAAAUCUGCAGGCUCUGUGAUUCCAAGAUGGAGAAAUGUCUCUGAGGAGACAACGGCCCAAUGGAUCGGAAAUGAGGAGAAGAGCACGGCCUCCGUCUCCAACUUCGGCGGUCAUGGUGGCUUCGCCGAGCUGAAGUACUUACUCAGCUGUGCGGAUCAGGAGUUUCAGGAAGAUGCCAAGGGGAGCUCUGACAGCAGGUGCCUCCAUGAGAUGCUGGAGGAGGCCCAGUCCGACUCGCCGGUUUCAUUCUACUCCCAUCUUGAUUCUAGCGAAGCAAGCGACAGCGAGGCAGCUCUACAUGACAAAGGGAGGUCAGCAAAGAUUAUGCCUAUUGAUGCAGAUUUCUUGUCAAGUAAACUCCAUGAAAGAUCAUGCCACACGAAGAGUUUAACAUGGUGCACUUCUCCUGAGAAUGCAAUGAUAUAUGCUCCUGAAUCUCCACUUUACGUUGUCGAUGACACUGAGAUGCAACCAAACAACUUGCAAUUAAGCAGAUCACAAGGCUCACCGAACAAUCUGUCAACUUCAGUCUUCGAUCUGCACAAUGCAGACUCAUACGCUGUGUCCAACUAUUUUAACAAGGAUGACAUUUCUCCACAAUGCACACCCAGACAUGAUCUCAGGUGCUUCAGCAACUUCUCAACCAAAUUCAUCAAGAGAAGUGCUCUAUCCGACCUAGUGUCUCGAGGAAGCAUGAGUAGGAAAUUCAAACCUUUCUCAAACAGUGAUGACUGGAGCGAUGCCAGCUCGCGCAGCGGGAACAACAGUCAGGUUGAUUUUCUUGAAAGAUUCGAGAAGGCGGUAUCAAAACUAUUGGUUUCUGACGGGCUAGAAAGCUGCCUAGAUGCCAGCUCAGAAGUCACAACUAUAUGGCAGCUUCUGAGCCAUACAUCUGAAGUGAGACACAAACCGUCAGUAAGGCAAGACAUCCUUGAACAACUGUUUGAUAGCAUUUCAACAGACAAGAAGGAUAAAGUGAUCAGAGCAUCAGUCUAUGUUCUAGUGCUUAUGAUAUCUGAAGAUAGGAAUGUAAUGAGAGACAUCAAGAAGAAAGACUACUAUUUAUCCAAUUUAGCCACUGUGUUGAAGAGAGAUGUGCAUGAAGCAGUCAUUCUGAUAUAUUUAUUGGAUCCUUCACCUUCUGAGAUAAAAAACUUGGAGCUGUUACCUUCACUUUUACACGUGGCCUGUAACACUGCCACCCAAAAAUGGCCUACACUGCUUCCACUGACGCCGACAUCCGCAUCAAUAGCUCUCAUUGAGAUCUUGGUGACAGCAUUUGACUAUGUAACGAAUAAUGUUCACUUGGCCACAAUCAGCUCUCCUCCUAUUCUCUCUAAGCUUGUUGAUGUUGCAAAGAACAACAACUUGGAAGAAGGCAUGGCCCUGGCAGCUAUUCUCGUCAGGUGUGUGCGACUUAGCGGAAACUGUAAGAAGUUUCUGUCACAGGCUACUCCAGUGGAACCUUUCCUUCACCUUCUCAGAAGGAAAGAGCAGCGUGUCAAGUACGCUGCGCUUGAAUAUUUCCAUGAGAUUCUUCAGAUUCCUCGGUCCUCUGCAAUUUCUUUGCUACAAAAAAUAUGGCAGCUAGGAGGCAUCGCUAUUAUGCAUACAUUGGUGGCCUGCCUCCAUCAAACUGAACCUGAGCAACGGGUUCUAGCGGCCAAUCUUCUCCUUCAAUUGGAUAUGCUGGAAAACCCAGACGGAAGGAGUGUCUUCAAAGACGAAGCAGUGGAGGUCCUACUGGAAUCUCUAUCAUCUCAAGAAAAUUUCACUGCGCAAGCACUAGCAGCGUCUUUUCUGUCAAAUCUUGGAGGGACUUAUUCCUGGUCAGGAGAAUCCUACACUGCUGCAUGGCUAUCAAAGAAAGCAGGCCUCACCUCAAAAUCUCAUAGAAAUAUGAUCAGAAGCAUCGACUGGCAGGAUGCUUGCCUUCAGGAUACAGAAAUAAGCUCAUGGAGCAACAAAUUUGCACGAGCAAUUAUAGGAAUAGGAGUGCCAUUUAUCAGUGCGCUAGCCAAAGGAUUGCAAAGCAAGGUGAAGGGAACCUCACACGACUGCCUAGUAUGCGCCGCAUGGCUUGCAAGUGAGCUGGCUUCCCUUGGUGAAAAUGAUAUAAGAUAUUACGCCUGUGAGAUAUUGUUGCUUGACAUAGUGCACCACCUUCAUCCGGGAUGUGAGCUGGAUGAAAGGGUUCUGGCAUGCAUGUGUGUAUAUAACUACACCUCUGGAAAAGGGAAGCAAAAGUUGAUGAGCUUGUCAGAGGGUUCACGAGAAUCCCUUAGGAGGCUUUCAUCAUUCACAUGGAUGGCUGAGGAGCUACUUCAAGUUACCGACUACUACCUCCCUAGGAAACCACGUGUAUCAUGUGUACAUACACAAAUCCUAGAGAUUGGCCAACCUGGCAAUGGAGCAGCGACUGCUAUAACAUUCUUUAGAGGGCAGCUCUUUGUUGGUUACUUCAAUGGCACCAUCAGGGCAUGGGAUAUAAGAGGCCAGAGAGCCGUAAUCAUCAGAGAGGUUAAAGAGCACAAGAAAGCAGUCACGUGUUUUGCUCUAUCAGAAACUGGACAAAAUCUCUUGAGCGGAUCAGCUGACAAAUCUAUUCGGGUAUGGAAAAUGGCACAGCGCAAGCUUGAGUGUGUUGAGGUAUUUCAAAUAAAAGAGGCUGUGCAGAAGUUUGAUAUUUACGGUGACAAACUUAUUGUACUUACACAUAAAAACGUUCUGAAGUUCUCUUGUUCAGCAAGAAGCACCCAAACAUUUUACAAGAGCAAGCAUGUAAAAUCCCUAGCUCUUUCUCAGGGAAAAGCUUACCUCGGCUGCGGAGACUUGAGUAUACAGGAAUUAGAUGUAUCAGUAGAGUCGAAGAUUGAGAUAAGAGCGCCUACAAGAAGCUGGAGAAUCAGUAAGCAACCAAUUAGCUCCAUAGUAGUAUAUAAAGAUUGGAUGUACUGUGCUGGUUCUCAAGUGGAAGGAUCUGCCAUGAAGGAUUGGAAAAAGCGAUGCAAGCCUACGAUGACAAUGUCAAUGCCAAAGGGAACAAAUCUAGAGGCAAUGGCAGUGGUGGAGGACUUCAUCUACUUGACCUGCAAUAAAAGCCCAAGUGUCAUUCAGAUAUGGUUGAGAGAGAAGCAGCAGAAAGUUGGAAGGCUGCCUGCAGGGAGUAAGAUAACGAGCAUCUUCACCGCAAACGACAUCAUUUUCUGUGGAACUGAAACCGGAUUAAUCAAGGCAUGGAUCCCCUUGUGA